GUUGAUUCCCCACACAGGCACAGAUGAUGGCAAUCAGCAAACAGGCCGAGGAGGGGAAAAGCGGCAGCAACCAUUUGCCGUGGGUGGAGAAGUACCGCCCGAGUACGUUGGACAGCGUUGUUGCGCACGAGGACAUCCUAAACACUCUGCGGCACCUCAUGAACAGCGGCAACAUGCCGCACCUUCUCCUCUACGGCCCUCCGGGUACCGGCAAGACGACGACCAUCAAGGCGUGCGCCCACUACCUCUACGGCAAAGAUCGCGUGCGGGCCAACGUGCUGGAGAUGAACGCGUCUGACGAUCGAGGCAUCGACGUGGUACGUCAGCAAAUUCGCGAGUUCUCGAGCACGUCUUCUAUUUUUUCCAUGAUGGGCCCUUCAUCAAGCAACGGGAACGGCAGCAGCACUGGCGGCCCGAUAGUGAACUUCAAACUGGUGAUACUCGACGAGGCGGAUCAGAUGUCGCACGACGCGCAGGCCGCGCUGCGCCGCGUCAUUGAAAAGUACACCAAGAACGUGCGCUUCUGCAUUCUGUGCAACCACAUCAACAAAGUGAUCCCCGCCCUGCAGUCCCGCUGCACUCGUUUUCGCUUUGCGCCCGUCAAGAAGUCCGCAAUGAUGCCGCGGCUGAAGUACGUGGCGGAGCAGGAAGACGUCCGCUACACCACGGAGGGCCUCGCGGCGGCGUUCCGGCUCAGCCACGGCGAUCUUCGCCGCUGCCUCAACACGAUGCAGUCCUCCGCACUCUCCGCGAGUGAAAUCACCGAAGAGUCCGUCUACCGCGUCACGGGCAACCCGACGCCUGGUGAGGUGACGGCGAUUGUGGCGGACAUGCUGUCGGGCGACUUUGCGACGAGCUGGGCGAAGGUGGAGGCGGCUGUGAUGCAGAAGGGAAUAUCGAUGGCGGACUUAGCGCGCGAUAUUCAUCCGAUCAUGAUGGCGAUGGAUCUUCCGCAAGACUGCAAGUGCUUCUUGGUGAUGAAGCUGUCGGACAUAGAGUACUACGCCGCAGGCGGCGCGCGGGAGUCCACGGGGCUGGGUGGGCUCUUGGGAGCGUUUCAGCUGGUGAAGGAGGCGGUGACGCAGCGUAAGCCCAUCAAGGAAGUUGCGGGAGACUGCGUCAGCUAA